CGUAUCCGCAAAUUUUGGUCCCCAAUUGCCGUGUGGAGCGCCCUUCGGUUGACAUGAGUCAUGUCCAGGGGAAAACACAAAAUUGUACGGAUGACGGCGUGCGCGCCUUGCUUGCGUCCCGGGUUAUCCGGCCAUCCAAAAAGCCAGAGCAACACCUCGUCUGUCUCCUUGGUCUUAUCCUGAUACCUUCACUUCAGCUUCCACCAUGACGAGACCAGCCCCAGCACCCGCCGGCGCCAAGCCAGCAGCCCUGCACUUCCGCGAGGCAACGCCCGCUGACAUCCCCCUGAUCGAGCCGCUCGUCCAAUCGGCCUACCGCGGCGACGAAAGCCGCCAGGGCUGGACCACAGAAGCGGACGUGCUCGCGGGCCCGCGCAUCGACGCGGCCGGCAUCCUGGCCAAGAUGACGGCGCCGGACAGCGCCAUCCUGCUGGCCCUCCCCUCCUCUCCAAAAGAAGAAGAAGAAUCAAAUGGCGACAGACCCGCCAGCAACGAAGACGCGCCGCCGCAACCCCCGGUCGCCUGCUGCGAGGUGACCCGGCGCGGCCCGCGCACGGCCUACUUCGGCCUCUUCGCCGUCUCGCCGCGCCGGCAAGGCGGCGGCAUCGGGCGGCAGGUGCUGGCGCACGCGGAGCGGUACUGCAGGGCGCGCUGGGGCGCCGAGGUCCUCGAGAUGUCGGUCAUCUGGACGCGGGUGGAGCUGAUUGCGUGGUACGAGCGCCGGGGGUACCGCCGGACCGGGGAGACGCGGGAGUUUCCGCAUGACGAGAUGAGGAAGACGGGCGGGGUCGCGCUUAGGGAGGGGUUGUAUAUGAUUGUGAUGCAGAAGGACUUGCGUGAUGGUGGUGAUGGUGAUGGGGCGCGCGAGGUGCAGGUUGGUGUUGGGAAGGUAGAGGGCGAUGGGCCCGCCGGGGUGGUGAGUGUGGUUGCUGUGUCUGGAGAGCCAUAGGGGUGGCAUGGGCAGGGAGGCAGUGGCUGAGGCUUGGGAACAAGCCUCAGAUAGAUAUUGCAUAAAUACUAGCGAACCAUCCGCAAUGUAUCCGUCAACUAGGUGGUAUUGCGCUGCAAAUCACUCAGCCAAACAAUCAUCACACGAUU